GGUAGGAGUCAGCCUCGUCAAACGAUUGCGUUUCGUUCGAUCUAUCAAUAAUCACUACAGUAUUCUGAAAUAUGCACACAACCCUAUAAACCUCCAGUCAACUCAUGAACCUCAUGGAUGGUCGAAGCUGCGCACACUGUGUAUAGGACAACAGUCUCGCACAAAUCGUGACGUCAUUUUUCCGUGGGAGAAUAAAACAAUGGUAAACGCAUUCCAGUCCAUUCUAUCUCUAUAAAUUAGUUACAUGAAAGUAUCUGACUUCAGCAUGGGUCGAAACUUGUGACGCUAUUGAUCGACUUGGAUGAUUUUACUAUGAUACUCCAUUAGAAAAAAAAACUACUUAAUAGAAGAAAAAAACUUGUCGAUUUUGAUUUAAAGCUAAACACCAACGCGGAUCACCGGAACAGGCAAAUCCGGAACUCAAUAUAUAUUAAGGAAGCAGAAUAGCAAGAGUACUUGUGUGAGAGUCCGUGGCCUAGUGAGUAUAUACGAGGACUACACGCGUUCCUGAUCAGUCGGAAACUUACCUUAUCAACGCUGAACAAGCAAAGGAACGUGUCUCUAGGAAACCUACGUUUUAAUUUUCCUAGAAAUACCUUACAACGACAUUCCCAGUAUGCGGACCUGUUGUUGCUUACUAGUGUUAUGUUUUGUGACUGUCUCCAUAAUUGAUGCACUUCCUCAAAGAACUCUCACAAGAACGAAACGUGGUUUCAGACAAGGAAUAGUCAUGCGUAUAGGACACGGAUUUGGAAAAAGGGGAGAUAACUUGUUCGACGACUUUGCGCGGACGACAGAGGAGGAAAACGAUUCGCAGUUUUUAAUGCGCGUGGAAGAAUUAACGGAACAAUUAGCAGACCACCCAGAAAUUGCAGAAGCCUUGAUUCGGAAGUUCGUAGACACAAACGGUGAUGGAGUGGUGACUGGAGAGGAACUACUCGGAAAACCGGAAGUAUAGCACUCCCUCAAACAGAGGGAUGACGUCACAGGAGAAGAUCCCCGUGGCAUGUAAUAUCCCUCUGAUUGGUCAGGUUUGCGGUGUAUAUAUUACAUAUCCAUUGCAAGAACAGAAGUUACGGAAUUCGGUGGAAAAACAAAGUUAUUUAUAUAUUGUAGCCCUACCUGGCAGCAUAACGUAACGAGAUUAAUAUAAACGAACGAAAUCAGAAUAUUUCGAUAUUAACUAUACUUUAAGUUAUCAAGUGUAAGUGACAAAAUGGGAUAAAAUAUACAAAGAAACAACUGACUCUCUUAAGGUAGCAGAAGAAAAGUAAACGCACUGAAGAAAUCAAAACGGACAUAACUGGAUAUGUUUUUCGACGGAACAGUUGUUUCCUGUUUUAACUAGAAUAACUGUGUGAUACAAAUGUGACCAUGGUUACAUAUGUAGGUGAUCACGAUUCUAUUUUAGGACAGCUAUAUAUCAUCUCUUUUUAAAUGAAAGACAGUGAUUGCCUAUAUCAAUAGGACAUAUUCAUCGGAUCUUGGAAUGUCAUAACCAAUUCUUACAUAAGACUGUUUUCUAGCCGUAUAUAUAUUAUAUAAGUCGCUACAUGUGUUCAACAUGUUAGAGUAAUGUGGUUAAUAUUCUCGCCAUGACAGACCAAAAGUGUAAAAAUACAAAUACGAAUAAUUAAAUAACAUCUGAUUUACACUACAAAUAACAUUGUUCCAUGGCUACGUAACUUAUAUUAAAUGAACGAGGGAUUUUUUCCAAAGGCAACUUAUUUUUUACUUGCAUGUGGCGUUAUGGUCUUCUUUUUAUUACGUAAUUGUGAUAAAUGUCAAUACGUCAGAGCUUUAUUUGUGCUUUAGGAGCAAAGUCUGGUAUUUUAGUUCGCGAACUUAAUUUACUUCUCGUUUAUAGAGGAAACCAUACACGUACAACGCACUGUUUAUAGGCAUAGAUUUUGAUCCAGAAUCGAUGUACAUUUUGGAUUGCAAAAGAGCGUCAACCUUUCUAGUUCGCGUUUUGUUUUCCUUCUAUUGACCAGUCUGGUAUUUGGCUGUUACAUGCAUUACAGAAUAAAUCAUUCUUGUUUUUCGUGAAUAUUAUGUGCGUAUAAUAUCGUUAAGGAAGCCAUACCGUUAUGUCCAACUUUUUGAAGCCAAACAAUAUCCCCGAAUCAUCACACGCUGCACGAGACAAUCCUGUGUACGAGAUUUGUAAGGGAAAACAUUUUGAUGAAGCGGAUUUGAGAACACAGUGUGUUUUUUUUUAUUAAAUCACAGGAAUACCAUCUUGAAAUACCAAGAUUAUGGGGCGUUGCUUGUUUUACCGAUAUAUCAAAACCUAUGGGUCGUUUAGUAAAACAUUAUAGUAACAGGUAUAAGCGUGGAACGAUGCGUACAGAAACGAAACAAAAUUAAAGUCCAGACGUAUAUCAGUAAGUUUGUGAUAAGGACAACAGACAGCAAAUUGUAAAAGAAACCCAAUGCGUACAACACGUUGUAUUGCAUUACCUUACUAAAGAUAACAGUUGGAUCUGUCAAAUGAAAACUGUGGUUUCUCGAUACUGCCUUGUCCUAAUUUAACUGAAAAAAUAUUGAGACUUUCAUAUUCCGUAUGUUUGCUGUGCAAAUUUGACGAGUUUUACACAAACCCCAAGAUUAUUUGUGUAUUCCGUCUUUGUCAAAUAAUGUAAACCCUUAGAAAUCAGAAACAAUAAAAAUAUAAAAUUAA